ACACAAAAUGCAUUACUUUCAUAAGAAAGUGUGACUUUUUAUUUCCUUUUUCAACAUUUUCAGCUGCAAGUUAUUCUGCCUUGAAGCCAGAGCAGACCGGAUUUACUGUCAGACAACAACAAGAGAAGAAUGGAAUUGUCUGAAAACAUUUAUGAAGAGACAAAACAAAAUGAAGGAAAACAUAUCUAUGUGGUUUCCAAUGAGUCUAAACAGAACAAGCGAGAGCCAAACAGUCUUCAACUUGGACGUUACAAGUGUGCUGUGGCGUGUCUGGGGCUACUUUGUGGUCUGCUGGUGGCCACCAUCAUAGGACUGCUACUCAAAACACCUACAGAGACCAAUCAGAUAAAAACCAUGUCUUAUAAUCUGACUAGGGAAAUAGAGAUGUUACAGAACAGAUACAGCCUCCUGACAAGGGACAUUUCCCAAUUACAGGUUAGAUGUAACAACUUAACUAGAGAGAAAUCCUUCUUACAGGACAGAUUCAACACAGUGGCUGAUGAGAAUAAGAAACUACAGAAGAGACUUUGUCAUCCGAAGAUGGAAAUGGCACAGUAUGUGGUCGAUGUAUCUCUGGAUCCUGAUACAGCCGAAAACAACCUCAUCCUGUCUGCUGAUGGGAAACGAGUGUGGCAUGUUGACAUACGACAGAACCUCCCUGACAACCCUGAGCGCUUUGAUCCUGUUGUCUGUGUCCUUGGAAAGCAGGGCUUCACCUCUGGUAGAUUUUACUAUGAGGUGCAGAUCAGUGGAAAGACUGCAUGGAUAUUAGGGGUAGCCAGAGAGUCCAUUAACAGAAAGGGAAGCAUUAAAGCAAGUCCCCUGACUGGAUACUGGACAAUAUGGCUGAGAGAUGACAUAUAUAAAGCACUAGCUGGUCCCUCUGUUGUCCUCACACUCAAAGAAAAGCCAGAGAGGGUUGGAGUGUUUGUGGAUUAUGAGGCAGGUUUUGUCUCUUUUUAUGAUGCAGACAGAUGGACUCCUAUCUACUCUUUUAAAGAUGUCUCUUUUAAUGAGACAAUCUAUCCAUUUUUCAGUCCCUUUCCAAAUAAAGACAACAAGAACUCAACUCCAUUGAUUAUUGUCACCCUUUUCACCUGCCUUAAGUAAACUAAGUAGACAGAUAGAUACAUAGAUACUUUAUUGAUCCCCAAGGGGAAAUUCAAGUAAUUACCAUAUCUUGGUCAGCCAGGCUUGUGGAAUUUCUCAUCAGUGCCAAGUUGUCAACCACAAUGGCUUAAAUUAUAAUGUAGUUUAUGUCAUCUAUUUCUUUGUCCCAAGAGACUGCCUGUUUUUGUUACCAAUAAUACCCCAGAGCAACAAUGUGUUAUUAACAGUAGGCCUUGUGAAUAAAUCAGA